AUGGUGAACGUGCUGCUUCUGCUGGUCCUGCUGCUGGUGCUGCUGGUAUUGCUGCUGGUGCUGCUUGUGCUGCUGGUGUUUCAGGUACUGCUGUUGGUGAUACUCGUGUUUCAGGUGCUGCUGCUUGUAGUGCUGGUGCUGCUGCUGGUGCUGCUGGUGUUGCAAGUGCUGCUGGUGUUGCAGGUGCUGCUGCUGGUGAUGUUACUGCUUGUUCUGCUGAUGCUGCUCGUGUUGCUGGUGCUGUUGGUGUUGCUGCUGGUGUUGGAUGUGGUUCUGCUGGUUUUGCAAAUGUUGCUGGUGUCGCAGGUGGUGCUGGUGCUGCUGCUGGUGAUGAAAGUGAUGCUGCUGGUGCUGCUGGUGUUGCAACUGCUGCUGGUGUUGCAGGUGCUGUUGCUGGUGCUGCUGCUUUUGUGA